AUGGCUCCGUCGGUCUCCACGGUAGCUCUGGCCACCCCGGCCGUUCUGGCAGGACUGGCCUAUCUGAAUGCUCGCUGGCGAGUCUCGGUCGACCUCGAACUCAUCCUCAGUCUCGUGGCGUCCCAGAGAGCCUUUGCGAAGCGCGAGGCAGCGGACCGGGCCAAUUCCUUCUACCUCAUCGAAGAGCAUGCGCGGAAUUCAAAGGUCGCGGACAAGAUCUUUAUCAUCUACCAGGGGAAGACAUGGACAUUCAAACAAUGUUAUACCAUGGUGCUGCGGUAUGCAGGAUACCUGCACAGCACUCACUCCGUUGCGCCCGGUGAGGUCGUUGCGAUAGAUUUUAUGAACUCGCCGCAAUUCCUCUUCCUUGCCAUGGCGAUCUGGUCCUUGGGUGCGCUGCCAGCGUUCAUUAAUUACAAUUUGGCGGGGAAUCCUUUUGUUCACAGCGUCAAAACGUCGUCAGCAAGGAUAUUGAUUGUUGACCCCGAAGUCGCUCCAAAAGUGCUCAGUGAAGAGACAAAAGCUGUGUUCGCAGCCCCAGAUUUCCGAAAUCAAGCUUUUCCACUGGAAGUGGUCGUCUUGGGCACCGGUCUUCAGUCAUCCCUCGAAUACUUCCCACCAUAUCGGGCCCCGGACACUGCUCGGAGUGGUGCCAUCGGUCGAUCGCCAUGCGUCUUGAUAUCCACUUCAGGGACGACUGGCCUCCCCAAAGCGGCCAUUGUUCCCUGGGAUCGCACCGCAGUCGCCUCGGGUCUCAUCUACCGGUGGAUUGGUUUACGCAACGUGACCAAGAAGAACCCCGACCGUUACUAUACGGCAAUGCCACUUUACCACGCCUCUGCAUUUCAGCUGGGUUUCCACUGCUGUCUUAUAGGGGCGUGUACUCUGGUCUUAGGCCGGAAAUUCUCCGUCUCCAACUUCUGGGACGAAGUCAUUGCAGCUGAUGCUACCGCUAUUCAGUAUGUGGGAGAGACGCUGCGAUAUCUACUCGCCGUCCCUCCGCAACCCAGUGAUUGCACAAAGCACAGGGUCCGUCUCGCAUUCGGCAAUGGCCUUCGGCCAGAUGUAUGGGACAAAUUCCGCUCCCGCUUUGGCGUGGAAACCGUCGCCGAGUUCUAUGGCGCCACCGAGUCCAUAGGGGCAUGCUUUAACAAGUCUCGAAACACUUUCUCAUCAGGUGCAAUCGGUCAAGUGGGUCUCCUGGGCAGUCUGCUUUCCAAGCUCAGGCAAACGGUCGUCAAGGUCGAUUGGUCGACCGAGGCACCGUACCGGGACCCAAAGACAGGAUUUUGUAUCGAACUUCCGCGAGGCGAACCCGGCGAGGUAUUGUACCGGAUCGACGCUGCAGACAUUGGGGCCAAAUAUCAAGGCUACUUUGGCAACAAAAAGGCCAGCGACUCGAAGAUUUUGAGGGAUGUGCUUCAAAAGGGUGACGCCUGGUUCCGUUCCGGCGACGUCAUCAAGAUCGAUAAGGAAGGCCGCACCUGGUUCCUCGACCGGAUAGGCGACACGUUCCGCUGGCGGAGCGAGAAUGUCUCCACCGCCGAAGUGGCGCAGGUGCUCGGCCAACAUCCCGCCGUGCUAGAGGCGAACGUGUACGGCGUAGCGAUACCGAACCACGAAGGCCGCGCGGGAUGUGCUGCUGUGCUUUUACGCAAUGUGGAUGCGAACACGACGCCCGUGCCGGACUCCUUGCUCGAAAGCCUCGCCACGUUCUCGCGGAACAGUCUGCCGAGAUACGCUGUGCCUGUGUUCCUCAGGGUCGUCACGCAGGUUAUGGCUACAGGGAACAACAAGCAGCAGAAGCACGUGUUGAGGCAGGAAGGCGUCGACCCGGAGAAUGUGGGCGAGGAGAGAAUAUUUUACCUGAGACCCGACAGCGAGCGGUACGAGCCGUUCGGCAGGGCUGAGUGGGAAACCGUCAAGGCUGGGAAGGUGAGAUUGUGA